CAGUUUUGAGAUCCGAAGCCCAUUUCGUUUAGGGUUAGAGAUGUAGAAGUUGCAGAGAAUUGCGCUGCGGCCAAACCUUCAUAUAAAGGCCAAGACUGUGCUCGAAACCCUCACCAUUUCUUCUCCAUCUCGUGCAAUCGCCGCAGUUGAAGCAGGAAAUCAUGUCUCACCGGAAGUUCGAGCACCCCAGGCACGGUUCCCUUGGAUUUCUCCCAAGGAAACGAGCUUCUCGUCAACGUGGAAAAGUGAAGUCUUUCCCAAAAGAUGAUCCUAGCAAGCCAUGCAGAUUGACUGCCUUUUUGGGCUACAAGGCUGGGAUGACCCACAUCGUUAGAGAGGUUGAGAAACCUGGAUCAAAACUUCAUAAGAAAGAGACAUGUGAAGCUGUUACUAUCAUUGAAACUCCUCCAUUGGUUGUUGUUGGAGUUGUGGGUUAUGUGAAGACCCCUCGCGGUCUUCGCACACUGAAUACUGUUUGGGCUCAGCAUUUAAGUGAGGAUGUUAAGAGACGAUUCUACAAAAACUGGUGCAAAUCUAAAAAGAAGGCGUUUACCAAAUAUUCAAAGAAAUUUGAAACUGAGGAAGGAAAGAAAGAUGUUCAAUCUCAGCUUGAGAAGAUGAAAAAGUAUUCAACUAUCAUUCGUGUUCUGGCUCAUACUCAGAUAAGGAAGUUGAAUGGUCUUAAACAGAAGAAGGCACAUUUGAUGGAGAUCCAAGUUAAUGGUGGGACAGUGAGCCAGAAGGUUGACUAUGCAUACAGCUUCUUCGAGAAGCAAAUCCCUGUGGAUACUGUUUUCCAGAAAGAUGAGAUGAUAGAUAUCAUUGGUGUGACCAAGGGUAAAGGUUACGAAGGUGUUGUGACUCGUUGGGGUGUCACUCGCCUUCCCCGCAAGACACACAGGGGUCUAAGGAAGGUCGCAUGUAUUGGUGCUUGGCACCCUGCUCGUGUCUCCUUCACAGUUGCCAGGGCUGGUCAAAAUGGAUAUCAUCAUCGUACUGAGCUGAAUAAAAAGAUCUACAAGGUCGGCAAGACCGGUGAAGAGUCCCAUACAGCCAUCACUGAAUUUGACAGGACUGAGAAGGAUAUCACUCCAAUGGGUGGAUUCCCUCACUAUGGUGUGGUGAACCAUGAUUAUAUUCUGGUCAAGGGUUGCUGUGUUGGACCGAAGAAGCGGGUUAUCACUCUUCGUCAGUCCCUACUUAAGCAGACAUCUCGUUUGGCUCUUGAAGAGAUCAAGUUGAAGUUCAUUGACACCUCAUCCAAGUUUGGACAUGGCCGCUUCCAGACCUCUCAGGAGAAACAGAAGUUUUAUGGCCGGCUGAAGGCUUAAAAUUUCCAGUGUAUCUCUUCACUUGAAGAGCUAUUGCUUUUCAAUUUUUGCCGCAGAAUUAAGAUAUUUAUUGGUCUCUUUUUACCACCUAGUUAGACGAUGGUGAUUUUGUUUCUGUUGGUUGGCUUUCAAGUUUGAACACUUGUUUUUGCCGUUUUCACUCUGGAUUAAGUUAAAAAAAUUGUUCCUUUUGCUGUCGUA